UUUAGGAUAACGGCACAGCAACAGUGGAAACGAGUUCCGCGUUGGCAAGGGUAGGAUGGAUACCUCUUCGCGACACAGGGACUUGCGUGAAGGAGGGGGAGGGGGACAGAAGGCAGCACUUUAGCCUGAAGCUCUGCAAAAUUCACCUUGCAAAGCGAUGAACCAAAAGGGCAUAGCAGAAAUGGAACCGAAUACGGUGCCGGCGCGGAUAAUUCAGGAUGGACACCCCCAUCGCGAUAGGGGGACUUGCAUGGAUGAGGUCAGGAUACAACUCCAUGCGAAUGGUUAAAAGCACAUGGGCCCGAUUAAAAUGACACUGAGCCUGAUUAGCUUGGAUUGAGCCCCGCGUUCAAGCCAGAUUCAGCGGGACUUGUCUGGAUUAGCCAGGAUUCAGCCGCAUGAAGCGGAAUUGCGACAUGAGGCCAGUUGCCGAUCAGGAAUAUACCAGUGCCGAUCCAGAGUUAGACCUCCAAGGAGAGGAGGAGGAGGAGGAGGAGGAGGAGGAGGAGGAGGCCAGCACAGCAGGCGCCGACGUCCCCGCUGCACUCUCUGCUGCUGCAAGGCGGCCAACGGAAAACCUGCGCGUGGGCCCGCGAGCUGAGGCCCAGCGGCAUCAAAGGCCGAACCGGAAUGCAAGCUGCGCGGAAUGCAUGCCGCGGGGUGCAGGGCACGGCGAGGCCGCGGCCCCACAAGAACAAAAACGGGUCUUAAUAGAUCUGGCGUGCGACCUUGAGCAGCAGCAUACGCGUGCAGCCAGCGCGGCACGCUACGUUGGAAACCAGGGCGCUUACGUUGCGCGCGAGCUGAUGCGGGUAGCUUGCGCGCGAAUGCCAGCGCAGCCAACCCCAUCGUCUUCGGUCGCUCAACUGGAACAUCAGGUUCGUAUGCAUGUAACUUAUGUCCUCUACCAAAGCGGCAUCUGCUAGAGAUCCUGGAAGUUCGCCGCUUGCGCAGUCUGAGCGGAAACAACAGGCGGGAUAAUGCGACGGAAAUACGUGUGCGGCCUCCCGAGGAAGGAGCAUGCAUACAAAGCUGGAGAGACAGAGCGCGGGGCGCAAGGGCAGCGUUGAUGAAUCAUGGCGAACUUUUGGAAACCGUGCACCUCAGCAUCUUGUCUGUGUCGUCAUUCCCCUCCUGAUGCUGGAACGCCACGUGUGCAGUAGAUGGCAUCCACAUACGAUGAACCUCCAAGCGAACCUGGGACUGCAGACUGACCAGCGUGCGCUGGGCACUGGACGAACCAGGAUGCACAUCCCAAGCUCGCCGAACGCACUAACCAUGAGCAAGUCAGAAGGAACAAUUCGAUCGGUCUCUCGAUCUUACGCGGGGAGCGCAGAUGAUAGGAUGAUAUGAGGGGGGCGUCGCACCCUUGGGAUUCCGAAUGCAAGACCUCUUGAUGCCGAGGGGCCCCAUCCAGCGCGCGCCGUGUUUGCACACACACACACAGCGUGCUCCCGAAUGUCUCCACGUACUCCAUAAUUCGAAUGUUCUCUCCGAGUGACAGUUCGCUUCCCCAUCGGAGCAGCUCCCAUGACACGUGCGCAAAGCCUCGACGCGCGCCGACAACGACAGUAGCCAGAGAAAGCGAACAACACGCAGGAGGACUCCCAGCACAUGCACACCUGCUGCAGGUGCUCUCGUCGGAAUGCGCGGUCUGCGUAUCGUAACCUUUCUCCCUCCUCAUUGCCCUCCCAGACCACAAAUACCAAAAGCACAGCCAAGCACUGCCGUGAACUCUCUUGAGGAGCCACCGCAUCAGCAGAGCUCUGAAACUGCACGACUGGCGCCUCUGAUUCUUGACGCGUUCUACGCGGCCCAGAGCGAUAUAAUCCAGCUGGCAAUGAGUACCCAUCGAGGCAUGUGCGGCCUCGCGCGCGCAUGCAAAGACAAUGUGUGAACGUACAGGCUGCCGCCGGCCUGUGCUGCCAAUGUCAGGCAGAUCGGGCGACGCUCUUCGCUGAUUUGUUGUCCGUAUUCCACUUGUCGCUCUCGGAACUUAACCCUGGGAUGUGACUGCCAACAUCCUGAGAUGUGAAUGUCGAACGAAAUGCACUGUGAAACCUAACACAAGAUGUGCACAAACCCACCGGAAACGGAAAGAUAACGAGCAACUCGGCCACGCGCCGAUCAUGGACCUGAUAGCGCAGCAAAAACGGCGCUCAAACGGCAACAAAAACGCCGACCUUGAGAACGCAAGAGAAAACGCCACCAGCAUGAAACAAAUUAUCUAAGGUUACGCUGCAGGCGACUAUUGCCUUGCCAGCUAGUCAACGGCAUCACCUGCGGCACGGCAUCUGGAGAACCAACUCCUCAUAAGCCACUUCAUGCGCGAAGAAUACAGUACCACUGUGAUGAGCAAGAGGGCGGUGUCGGCAACGAUUGUUAUGAACCAACUAUCCACAUUCAGGAUCUUGUCCGCAAGCUUAUCCGUUGCGACGAUCAAGGCGCAGAUCAGCAACGAGACAGCAGACAUGCACACGCCCACAUUGAGCCUGCUGAGGUCCCACGUUGCGGUCCACGCAAUGCACCAUAGGAACGACUGCAGCAACAACGGCGAAUAGAAAAAAGUUACGCAGCAACCGUGGAGGGCGAUGUUGAUGACAUUGCCCACGGGAAGCGAGCCCUCGGCCGCGGACGCGGUGAUGUCGCACCAACGCCACCAGUGCCAGAGGCACGCAAGCAACACCCAGUCGUAAGGCAAGCUCGCCGCGUCCCCGCUUACCAUGAGCAGCUCCUUGUACACCUGAGUACGCACCAUCUUGUUGAAACGCAUGUGGGCCGCCUCCGUAUCGUCAACACUACUCUGCGUGCCCGCCGCUGUCAUCCCUGCUGGAGCGAACCAGAGGUGAAUCUGCUCCAAUAUCAUUUCCCGGUCGUUCUCAUCGGUGCACUGGGCUUUCCGGCAAUCGAAUGACUUCAGCUGACUGUCCAAUGCGAGACGAGACCUCAGUCGUCUUCGGAGCAGCACCUGCGCGAUGACACAGACAACAAAAAUCGGGCCCACGACCAGGUAGAGCCAGAGUCGAGCUUCGCCAUGAUACUGCAAGACUGAGCUCAUUAGACCAGUGAGCUGCAUGCAGAAAAAAUACCCGCACACUAUCUGCGCAGUCAUCACAGGCACCAUGAACAAAUUCGUCUUCUUGAGGUGCACCCAUGUCGCAAGCUCCAGGACGCACCAGAGCCGGGACAAGAAUUCAUCCGACCAGACCAUGAGCAGCGUGUGCGUGGAGUUGAGGUAAGAUGGCAGACGCCGGAUGUCCGCCUGCUUCAUGUGGGGGUUUUCCUGGUCUAUGCACAGCUUGUCCAAAAACACCGCCCGCCGGCGACGGCACAAUCCCUCGGCCAAAUGCCCAAACCACAGGAAGGACAUGACUACUACAAAUCCAACAAUUUCCGCCCACCAUCUGAACUUUGUGUAGUCUUUCUUCCCGUUCACAAUCAUCUCGUCGUUCCAGUCCGUCACCUCUGGGAAAGAGAAGUAGACCUCGCAGAAACCCAUAAGUGGCCCGAUUAUGAUCCCGAUGGCCAACGCGGCACGGCCAUGAAAGGUCAACAGCAAAGCCAGGUGUUUUUCGAGCCUACCUGCACGCCAACUGUGCGACACGAAGACGUCGUACUCUGCCGUCGGAAACCAAUGUUGCUUCCCGCGCGAGGACGUUCGCACCUGCUGCGCAGAGGUCCACACCUGCCCGAAGCCAGCCAGCAAGGCACGAACGGGCACAGCCCGCAUACACACCUCUGGCUCUAGCGAGAAGCGCCCCCUGAUCGAGCUGCCAGUGGAAGCGCUGGUCGGGGUGCCAGUGGAAACGCCGAUGAUACUGGGGGCUGAUGCCGCCUCAAAUCUACCAGUCGACGCCUCUGCGGAAGGCUGCGGCCGUGUCACAGACUCGCGCGCACUAUAGCUCGCUGCACCAUCCUCUGACACCACCUCGUCCAAGUCAAUGGAGAGGGCAGGGAGAGUCAUUGUCAAACCGUUGCCGCAUGCUGCUGCCGUCGCCGACAUCGCGGCCGACCGCCCGCAAGUGCCGGAGCCGCGUCUCCAGGGGGCAAGCUGGCUUGAGCCACAGAGGAUACGAGCGCUCUUUACGCGCUCCAGGUCGCUCUUGGAG